UGUGCUUCCUGAAAGAUGUCACUUAUGUUCACCAUUGUUCUGAAAGAGACUGUUCGCUUUUCCAGGCGGCAACCAAGUCUGUCACUGUAAAACCAUGACUGAUGUCAUCUCAGAACACCCUCUUCAAGCCUACCGCAUCACCGGUUUGCCUCCCGACUUCUACUACAUCCCUAACUUCAUAUCGAUCGAAGAAGAAGCAUCAUUACUCCAAAAAAUCCCUGCGCAACGAUGGGUGACUCUCUCCCACCGGCGCUUGCAAGCACACCCAUCCACACUCACCAAGAACAACACCCUACUCGCAUCUCCACUCCCCGUCUAUCUCACCAACCCAGUCCUCCCACGCUUCAAAAACCUGGGCAUCUUCGACCACACACCCCACCAACAGCCAAAUCACGUGCUCAUCAACGAGUACAAGCCUGGCGAAGGCAUCAUGCCGCACGAAGACGGUAAGGCGUAUGCGAGCGUGGUCGCAACGGUGAGCUUAGGUGGCUCGGUCUGUCUGAGUCUCACGCCGAAGCCGAGCGCCCAAGAAUCUGCUGAGAAGGACGACGCGGAACGAGGGUGGAAGGUGCCAACGAGGAUUCUGCAAGAGCCGCGUAGUUUGCUUAUUACGACUGGGGACGCUUAUGAGUCAUUGCUGCAUGGUGUCGAUGCAGUCGAAGUAGACGAGGGUCUGAGUGUGGAUGCGGUCGCGAACUGGUCAUUGCUGGAUGAUAGGAGCGGUAUCGAGGAUGCUGGUGGACGAAAUGUGAGGUCGACAAGAGUCAGUCUCACGUACAGGGAUGUGCUUAAGGUCAGUUCUGCGGCGAGUAAGGUGCUUGGAGGCUUUGGGAGACGCUGAGGGGUUGGUUCGGGAGAGGCGCUGAUU